CAGCCAUUCACCUCUCGCAUUUGUUGCAUCGAUUUUCCAGCGUUCUUAAACCAGUGAAGUUAGAAAUAGAACAGGACACCGUCCAGGAUUAGGUUGCGUUCGACACCACUGCUAAUGAAAUUACCUGAAUCUAGAGUCGCAACAGUGAACUUGAAUUUUCUGUCGACUCAUUGACGACGCUUCUGCUUCACGUCAAGCAACCAAGGUAUGCCAUGUUUCAUACUCACUUUCACCUACCUGCCAGCCCCCAAGGUUCCCAGCCCCCCUCUCAGGGUCCUGAAUUCGUAAACCUUCGACCAAGCCAGUAUUCCCACCACAAGUUUCGUGCCGCUAUCUCAGAGUUUUCUUUUUACAACUCCUUCUGCCCCCAUAUCCCUCUCAACCAGUAUCUCUACAUCAUUCUCUACCAUACGGGUGGAAAGAUGGCUAACAUCGACUGGGACAAAGCUCUCCAGACUCCCGAUCUCCUCCGUCAUCUCAUCCCAGCAGACAGCUCUCUUCCCGACUGGCUGCAUCAAGUGCGCAAAGAGAGACUGCCCGGAGCUCGCACAGAGUCUCGUGUCGCCAAAAGGGGAACUUCCACCCGUGUUGUAAACUGCGACCGUUGGAUCAAGAAAGCCAACUACCAGAUCGACGGGGUCCGUAAGCGCAAGCCAGAAGCUCGCCCAUUCAAAGCCGCCAUGGCACGACCAGCAAGUGUUGCACAAUACCAGCGCCACUCCCUCCAGCUCUUGUCUCGAGUCCUCAACAUCCGCAGCAACGCAUCACCUUUCACCCUUAUUCUUGAUGACCUCAACCAACGGGCUAUGCCCCUCGUCGGCGAAUUCGUACGACGAGCACUGUCGCGCAACGUAAACGUUGUGGUGGUAUCUUUUGAAGCAACGCGGUUUCAUCCAGCUGUCCGCAGUGUCCCUGCAUACGGCGACUUGACUGGUGAGGAGAUUCUGCAGAAGCUUCGAGAGGCCAUGAGCGAGGCAAAGGAGAGUCUGGUUGUUGUUGACUCGCUAUACGAGCUUAUCAGUGUCAAGAACGUCGACAUGGGCGCGUUGUUCAACCUCGUCGCUGGCGAGUUUGCAUCGACGCUCGUCGGUGUCUAUCACCAGGACACGAUUCCUGAUCAAGACACACACAAGGCUUACGCACCGCAGCCACUCGAGCUGUUCAAAUACAUGGCCACCACAGUCGUCACAUGCAAGUCAUUCGCGCACGUUCUCGCCGCCAAAGCCGCCAAGGAACGCAGUCUUCCCGAGCCAACCCACGGAUUGCUUCAGGGUGCGGAGGGUAUUGUGCAGUGCCUGCAUGCCAACGAUCCCCGUGGUAUCGUGAUCGAAGCAGAGUUCCGCCGCAAGUCCGGACGCCCAGAGAGCGAGUCAUACUUCCUCCGGGCCGCACGUGUAUCAGACUACAACGCGCCCCUGGCCGGUAUGGCGUUUGGCACCCUGCGUCAAGAAUUCGUCACGUUGCUUGACCAGGUUCCCGGAUACAACAACAAAGAGCUCACGGGUCUCGUGGAUGCUGCUGCCAGUGAGAUGGAGUCAACAUUUAGCCUUGGUCUCACGGACAAGCAGAAGCAGGCUCGCGAGGGCGUCGUACUGCCUUACUUGGACGCACAAAAAGGCGAAGGUGCUGGCGAGGGAGGUAGAAUCCUCUACGAUAUGGGUGAGGAGGACGACUUUGACGAGGAGGAAGAUGAGAUCUGAGGCAUAGAAGUCGUUUCUUGUGGUCGACACCACGGCGACAACGCUGUGCACGAACAAGUGGGAGUGGUCCGUUAUAUAACCUGCAUCUGGGGGUUGGUGGAUCGCAUGUAACCGGACAAUUAGAUGAAAGAGAUGGGCCAAGUUAUUAUGUACUUCAGUAAUUGACCAACUAGAAGCUUGAUUGUAAUGCAUCGGUGAUAUGGGUCUUCACGACGUCAAGAAAUCGU